GUUGUGUUGAUUGAGGGAUGAAGCCGGGAAGCCGCCUCAAGUCCCGGCGAGGCAGUGCCGGCGACGACGAGGAGGCUUCUGGCGGCGGGGAGUACAGCAGCUUCCCGCUGACCCCGCGCAGAGAGUGCUGGUGGUCGUCCGGGCUGCUCAAGGCCGUGGUGGCGCUGGUGAUCCUGAUAGCCGGCGUGCUGAUCGGGCUGGCGGGCAGCGCCAAUGUGUCACGGUACUACUACUACAGCAGCAUGGGGUCGUCGUCUGUUUCGUCCCUGCAGGCGGAGGCUGCAGAGGCAGCAGCAGCGGCAGCGGCAGCUAAUAACAACAACAAGAACGGCGCCGUCGUCGUCGUCCCCGCCGCCACAAGCAGCAUCAGCAUCAGUAGGAAGAAGAAGAUGACGAUGAUGGAAGACGGCGAUGAAGCAGCAGCAGCAGCAGGCCACCUUGUGCUGCUGGAUUUCCGUGGGUUCUUGGACCCCGGGCCUCCGUGGGGUCACUCGAUGUCGGACCCGGAGCUGUUCUGGCGCGCGUCCAUGGCGCCGCGCAUGGAGGAGUACCCGUUCCAGCGCGUGCCCAAGGUGGCGUUCCUGUUCCUGACGCGCGGGCCGCUGCCGUUCGCGCCGCUGUGGGAGCGCUUCUUCCGCGGGCACGAGGGCCUCUACUCGGUGUACGUGCACGCGCUGCCGGGCUACGCUGGGCGCUACCGGCGGUCGUCGCCGUUCCACGGGCGGCAGAUCCCGAGCCGGGAGGUGUCGUGGGGAUCCAUCACGCUGGUGGACGCGGAGAAGCGGCUGCUGGCGAACGCGCUGCUGGACUGGUCCAACCAGCGCUUCGUGCUGCUGUCGGAGAGCUGCGUGCCCGUCUUCAACUUCCGGACGGUGUACGAGUACCUGGUGAACUCGGCGCAGAGCUACGUGGAGUCGUACAACCUGGACGUGCCCCAGUGCGCGGGGCGCUACAACCCGCGGAUGGCGCCGGACAUCCUGGAGGAGCAGUGGCGCAAGGGCUCCGAGUGGUUCGAGCUCAGCCGCGAGCUGGCCGUCGACGUGGUGGCGGACCAGCGCUACUACGCCCUGUUCCGGCGCCACUGCACGCCGUCGUGCUACCCCGACGAGCACUACAUCCCGACGUUCCUGCACCUCUGGCACGGCGCGCGCAACGCCAACCGGACCGUCACCUGGGUGGACUGGUCGCGCGGGGGGCCGCACCCGGCGCGCUUCGGCAAGGCCGCCACCACGCCCGCCUUGGUCGCCGCCAUCCGCAACAACGGCACGCGCUGCCUCUACAACGCCAAGCCCACCACGGUGUGCUACCUCUUCGCCAGAAAGUUCGCGCCCAGCGCGCUGGGGACGCUGCUCAACCUCAGCACCACGCUGCUAGACUUCUGAUGAUCAGAUGCUCAUCAACUAACGUUUCAUCUGAUGCUAUAUUGAUGGAUGAUCAUCAUCAUCAUCUUACCUACUAGUGCUGUGCGAUGUGUACAUUAAAUAUAUAGCCAAGCCACCCGGCG